AUGGAGGUUCCAUGGCAGACUUGGUUCUCCGAUCUGGAUAUGGAUGAGACCGAUUUCUUCAAUAAUCAAUCGCACAAGCCUUAUAACUCUUUUGAUGAUGAGGAUGAUGUGUUUCUUAAUGAGAUCUUUCACCAACCUUCUUUCUCUUCUGAGAGUGACAGUACUCACUCUUCCUCUAUUCAAAACACCGCCGUCACUGCCGCAUCAGAUGGUGGUGGUGGUGGUGGUGCCGCUGCCGCCGCUGUUACAACCCCCAUCGUUAGCCGCUUAUCGUUGGACAACGAUUCCGGGGCCGGCCAGCUGAAGCGGCCUAACAACUCGAGCUCAACCCUCUCGAAACUUGGUAGCUUCUCGGACAAACCAGUAGCCUCGUCGUCCCCGUCAACUUAUAUUCUGUCCUUCGAUAACUCAACAGUUCUCCCGGCCACCUCCGACGGUGGUCACCGGAAACACGAAUCGGCGAUCAAGAGUCGUAAUCAAGAGAAAUUAGAGACUAAUCAAGGGACAAAGAAGACUAGAAGUUCAUCCGAGACACUGGAUCACAUAAUGGCUGAGAGAAAAAGGAGACAAGAACUCACUGAGAAGUUCAUUGCACUCUCAGCGACAAUCCCUGGUUUGAAGAAGAUUGACAAGGCUUCAAUACUAAGCGAAGCCAUAAUUCACGUGAAGCAACUUCAAGAGAGAGUGAAAGAGUUAGAAGAACAGAACAAGAAGAUGAGUAGCUUGGAGUCCUCAGUGUCAAGGUACAUGAUGAAGAAUAAGAAGACGUCGUCGUCGUCGUCGAGCCAGCUCUAUAAUAAUUAUAAUAAUAAUGCUGAAGACAUUCAAGAGACAACCUCCUGUGAAAUGAGCUCCGAUAAUUACUUCAGAAUUUGUGAAACCCUUCCUGAAGUUGAAGCAAGAGUUUUACACAGACAAGUCCUCAUCAGAAUCCACUGUGAGAAUAAAAAAGGCGUCACCCUUAACUUGUUGGCUCAGCUCCACAAUCUUCAUUUCUCCAUAAUCAGUCACAGUGUGUUGCCGUUUGGAAAUUCCACUCUUGAUAUGGUCAUUAUUGCUGAGGUCGAUGAGGAACGCAGCAUUCCAGUGAAGGAACUUGUGAAAAAGCUGAGAAAGACACUGUUGAAGACAGUUGAGUGA